AGUUCUCCGGGUCUCGCUUCCCAGAUUCCAUGGCAGCCUCGUUUUCCUUGUAGUUGGAGCCACCCUCAUCUAGGUUUACGCCGUUGUCAAUCAAAGCGUCUUACGAGAUUUGGCUGCAGGAGUGUGGCAGUGGAUCACUCGUUCGUCUGCUCCCUGAUCUGCUUGUGCCGCCUACACGCCGACCAUGGGUUUCGAUCCGGACGAGGUAGAUCGCGAGGAGGAGGAGGAGGAAGAGGAGGGCGACGACGUGAACGGGGAGGAUGACGACGAGGAGGAAGAGGAGGGGCAGGACGAGUAUGAGAAGGACGGGUGGAUGGUGGACGGGGACGAGGAGGAGGAGGAGGGGGGGGAGGGGGGGGAGGGGGAGGGGAGAGGCGACGAGGGGCCUGGGAGCGACGAGGAGCGGCGGGAGAAGAAGAAGAAGAAACGCCGGAAGAGGGAGGAGGAGGACGACGAGCUGGACGAGGACGACUACGCACUGCUGCAGGAGAGUGGCGUGGGGGGCUUCCACCGCCCUGCCAAGAAGGACAAGAAGUUCAAGCGGCUGAAGAAGGCGCGGCACAUGGGCGGGGACGAGGAGGGGCUGCUGAUGGACGACGAGGAGGACGAGGAGGGCGGCAUGCGCGCACAGCACCGCGUGGAGCGCGAGAUCUUUGGGGACGAGGGUGAGGGGGAGGAGGAGCGGGAGGAGGAGGAGGAGGAGGAGGAGGAGGAGGAGGAGGAGGAGGAGGAGGAGGAGGAGGAGGAGGAGGAGGAGGAGGAGGAGGAGGAGGAGGAGGAGGAGGAGGAGGAGGAGGAGGAGGAGGAGGAGAAGGGGGGGGGGGGGGAGGAGGAGGAGGAGGAGGAGGAGGAGGAGGAGGAGGAGGAGGAGGAGGAGGAGGAGGAGGAGGAGGAGGAGGAGGAGGAGGAGGAGGAGGAGGAGGAGGAGGAGGAGGGCAAGGACGAAAUGGCCGAUUUCAUCAUGGAGGGCGGGGUGGACAACACGGGCGAGCAUGGCAGGCGGUACGUCCCCGAGGAUUACCAGGACAGGGAGGAGGGGCGGGAGGAGGAGGACGACGACGAGGACGGGGAGGACGAGGAGGAGGAGGACGAGAUGGCGGACUUCAUCGUGGAGGGCGGGGUGGACGACACGGACGAGCACGGCAGGCGGCGCCGCAAGAAGAAGAAGAAGGGCAUGCGCAUGCCAGGUGUCACCUCCGAGGCGCUCCUCGAGGCGCAGGAUAUUUUUGGUGACGUGGCAGAUCUGCUGGAGAGGCGGCGGGUGGAGCUGGAGAGGCAGAGGAGGGAGUCAGGGGAGGGGGGGGGGGGGUACGAGCCGAGCCUGCUGGAGGCCAAGUACAUGACGGAGAGGGAUGAGGCCAUACGCGCCAGGGACGUGCCGGAGAGGCUGCAGCUUUUGGAGGAGGUGGUGGGAGUGAUCCCCGAGAACGAGGACCACCUGCCUGAGGCCGAGUGGAUCUAUGACCGUGUGUUCGGGCCGCUGGCCCCCGACCACCUGCGGCGCAAUGAGUUUGCGUACGUGGGCGAGGCGGAGCAGCGCGCCGCCACGUGCGCACGCGAGGACGUGGAGAAGUGCCGACGGGAGGCGCUGGCGGCGAGGGAUAGGGCGAUCGAGCAGAUCGCUGCGGUGCUGGAGGAGAUGCACGAUGCCAAAGUGGAGGUGCCAUACAUCGCGGUGCACAAGAAGGCCAUCUGCCCGGCCCUUGUGGAGCCUGACAAGCUGGACGAGCAGCCCGACCUGCAGUCCCUCCAGGCCCUGUGGGCAAUCCAGCAGUGGGAUCGGCGCUGGCUGCUGCUGCAGCGGCGCAAGCGCUCCCUCCGUUCCGCGUACGAGCGACCCCGAAUCGACGAGGACGAGGAGGCGGAGCGACAACUCGCCAUGCAGGGCGUGCUGCACGCGCUGGACUGCGCGCUCUCAGAGCCGGCGGUGGAGGACGUGGACGCCAAGUUCAACCUGCAGUUCCCCCCGGAGGAGGCCGUUGGGGAGGACGGCGGGCCCGCGGUGCAGAGGAGGCCGAGGAAGCGGUCCAUGUACUCCGUGUGCCGGCGCGCCGGGCUCAAGGGGUGGUGAAGCGGCUGGGGCUGUCGGCGUUCCAGCUGGGGGAGAAUCUGAUCUCC